ACAAGAAGGAAUGCUUAACCUUCCCACCAUGUCUUAUCGUCUAACUCGCUGGCAUUUUACAGCAUAAUCCAAGAGAAAAUCUGACAAUUUAAAUUGUUUUUAUACAGUUUGUCCUUUGUCGGAUUUCCGAUGUAUUCUGCAAUUUAGCUCCGUCCACCCAGCAACUAUGGAAUCACUGUUGGACCACUACGAGCAGCAGUAUGCCGUCUCGACUGCUGAUUUCACUGCCAAACUCGCCAAGAUAUCCCACUUGGACCGAGGUGGGCAGCUGCACCUUGCACAGGAACUAGAAAAACAGAUUGACGAGCUGAAAGAACUUCUUGAACAAAUGGAUUUGGAGGUGCGCGAACUAGACCCUUUGCAGAGGGCUAAGCUCCGGACGAGGAUAGACAGUUACAAAGCCGAGCUGACCCGUUUGCAACAGGAGUUCAGGAUGAAAGCUACGAUCAACUCUAGCAACAGUGACGGGUAUACAUCCCAUAGCGAGUCAUACGGUGAGUUGAGCCUGCGGGAGGAGCAGAAGCAAAGAUUACUCGAUUCCUCGGAAAGGAUAGAAAGGUCAAGCAAAAAACUGGCCGCUUCGUACUCUGUCCUUUUGGAAACGGAGGAAAUGGGUAACACUGUACUCAGGGACCUACACUCACAAAGAGAAACAAUUUCAAAAUCCAGAUCAAGACUGAGAGAGACGGAAGCCGACUUGAGCAGGAGCUCACGAUUGCUGAGUGCCAUGGUAGCACGUUCACGCCAACACAAAUUUAUCCUGUCAGUUAUGGCAUUUGUUUUUUUAAUCAUUGUAAUCUUCAGCAUUUAUUAUUCUGCAACACGGUCGAAUUAAAUUCAAAUUCGGUUUGUUUUACAAAUUUACAAUAUUUUUAAUACGGCCUUAGUAGGUUUGCUAGUCGGUUUCAGAACUCACAACAGACUGAACUUGCAUUAUUUUAAAUGUUAGGCUUUUUUGUUAAACAAAAGUAAAUUUUUUAUUAUUGUGAAUAAAAAAUAUCAAUGUUAUAAUUGUCAGGAGGGCUGUUGUUAUAUAUAUAAAAUAUUCUUUUAUAAAUUUUUUAACACCUAAAAUAAUUGACCUUUCUAAACAGUGCUAGAUUUAUUAAUUCUGGUAUUUAUCUGAUCUAGUCAUAUAUUUAUUUUAAUUAAUUUUAGUGCACAUAUUUUUUUUUAUUAUACUGUACAGUGAUAAAUGUUAAACACUAAGGUCCGGUCUAUAGUCAGUACAAAUAUUCAUAUAGUGAAAAUGAUAAAAUAAAAUCAUUUUAUAUGAGAAUUGUUAUAUGAAUGAAAUGAAAAUGAUACUGAAUUGUUGAAUAAUGGUACAAAUAAAAUCACUUAUAAACUUUA